AUGGAAAAGCUUUGGAUUCCCACCAAAAAAUAUCCAGGCAUCAAUUUUGUUGGUCUUUUGAUCGGGCCCCGUGGCAAUGAGCUCAGAAAAAUGGAGCGAGAAUCCGGGGCUAAAAUUUCUAUCCGCGGCAAAGGUGCCGUUAAGGAGGGAAAGUCAAACCAGCCUGGUGCCGAAGAGGAGCUCCACGCAUAUAUCACCGCAGACUGCGAGGAAAAGAUUCAUGCUGCAACCAAAUGUGUCAAUCGAAUUAUCAGCAUUGCAGUUUCAUCUCCAGAAACAGACAAUGAGCUAAAGAAACAGCAGCUGCGCGAGCUAGCCGAGAUCAAUGGAACAUUCAAGACAGAAGACAUGGAGAUUUGUUCCAAUUGCGGUGCUGUUGGCCAUCGUAAAUAUGACUGUCCCGAGCAGAGAAACUUUACAAUCAGCCUCGUUUGCCAGGUAUGUGGGGCAAUGGGCCAUCUCUCGCGCGAUUGUAUGAACAGGCAUGACCCAACCAUCUUGCGUGCAUCCAACGAGCGGCAGAAGCGGAUUCAAACAGAGUAUCAAAGCUUUAUGUCUGAAAUCAAUAAAUAA